AUGCGGGAACGGGGUCCUUGCAUUUGUGGCGUAGGUGUGUGGAGUCUACUGCUGUCCCUCUGUUUGGCCUCCCUCACACACGCACACAGGAGCCACAUAGUGCAUGUGAAGGCAGGGACGUGUGAGGUGAUCGCUGCCCAUCGCUGCUGCAACAAGAACAAGAUUGAGGAGAGAUCUCAGACUGUCAAAUGCUCCUGCUUCCCUGGACAGGUCGCUGGCACCACUCGGGCCAUGCCCUCCUGUGUUGAUGCCUCCAUUGUAGCCCAGAAAUGGUGGUGUCAGAUGCAGCCAUGUAUGGAAGGUGAGGAGUGUAAGGUUCUCCCAGAUCUCACAGGAUGGAGCUGCAGCACAGGCAACAAAGUCAAGACCACAAAGGUGACCCGAUAGUCCUGCCCCUCUCAAAAAGAGAACAGGAAAAUGGUGGUGGAGGUACUUACACAGCACAAUGGACCUAUCAGUGGCAAAGGAAAUGCACUCAGAUGGACUUCAAGGAGGAACCAGUAAUCGUUUCAUUUUUUCUGAGGAUAUCUGAGAAAUGGCGGCUGGAGAGACAAGACUCUAACACUGCCUGCCAUCACCUUUAACACAACUGAGUGUCCUUGGUCCUUUAAUGCAGAGGACUGCAUCACCCACAAUCCUUUACUGCAACUACAAACUUCAACAAAGUGAACUAUGACCUAAACAGCACCGGAUUAGAAGACAAAAAAAAAAACAACUUUCUGUAUUCUUCAUCUCUCUUCUAUGGCUUAGUUGUGUUCCAUAUGCAUACUGGGAAUAACGGGGAUCUGGAUUUUAGACAGCUAUCCUGUAUUACAAAUAUCACUACAAAAAAAAAAACAGGCUGUGGAUCCAGAAUGGCUGCCUCAUGUAUUCUGGAUGACACAUUUAAAUCUAACUGUGCCACAUAUGACACACUUGAUGCUGUCAAAACGCGUCUCAGAUCUGAAA